AUGUCGAGCCUCUCCAAGACCUCAACCACUGCCUCAAACAAACAGGCGAUCAAGGCGACAACGACUGCGGCAACGCCCGCCGCGAGAGAUUACUCGUCUCAAUCCGCGCCAUCGUUUAGCUUCAGCAGUUCCGACAAGCCUCCCGUGGCCACCUCCGUCAAGCUCUCACAGGAUGACCUUUUUCACUCCUUUACCGACUCCCCUGUGCCCGAAUUCCGACGCCGCGCCGCAUUUAUGCGUCAGCACGCCUACUGUCCUCACCCAGACCACCAGCCGACAAAGAUGUCGACCCUUCCCGCGAGCGAGCAACCCAAAAGAGGCGACAUGCCUCCUGCAAAGGUUGACUUUGAGUGCCCAGACUGUGGAAUUCCCGUAUACUGCAGCAAGGAGCACUGGAUGGAUCAUUACGAGGAGCAUCUGAAGAUUUGCGACACCCUGCGCCAGAUCAACGAGGACGAUCAUGAUUUGCGCUCCGGAAGAGUCUUUCAUGAGGCCAAUUUGCCUGAUCUCCAGCUGGACGAUGCCGCCGUGAACAUGACCAACUGGGACACGUUCAUGUACACACGCGAGUUCAAUGCUGUUGACUCAGACCGAGCCAUGCGCCAAAUCACCCGCCUGUUGACAUACCCCAUUACUGUUGGCAGCGUGCUUCAUGAGCUUAGCCCCUACAAUAUCCAAAAGGGAGGACGUCUCACCACCGAAGGUCUCAAGAGCUUCAGUGCUUUGAGAUACAACCUCCACCCUGGCCGCUCCGGACGCGGUGCUACGAUUCAAACACUUCGUCCCGAACCCCCACCCGUUCGUGUCUUCGUGCUGGGAGCUCGUGCAGAGUCUUCCCUGCCCCGAUCUACCUGGGUGCAGCUGGCGCAUCUGUUCCCCGAGUCCAGACUACACCUCAUCAUGAUUGGGCCUGAGAGUAUGGCAAACCGGGACGACGAGUUCCCUCUGCCCGAGCGCACGCCGUCCAACCCGUUCGGUGCGAUUGUCGAGGACAGAGUAUGGUACAAGAUGAAGAUUAGCACUAUUGUGGACUACUAUCACACCAUCCACAAGACUGGACACUUUGCGCCAUACGACCCGUACUUUGACUGCUUCGUUUUAUUCCAUCCUGGUCUGGGCCACCCUGCCAGUAGCCAUGAGUGGGAGGAGACUUUGCCUCUGCUUUUGGAGACCAAGGUACCCAUCAUUAGCACUGGCUAUACGCAGCAGGAUCUCGACCGCGAUGUGGAAUGGGUGCGAAACAAGUCGCGGGGCGAGUUCGAUAUCCUGCUUGAGCCUGGCGAGAACAGUUUCCGCAGUCUGCGGUGGGAUCUCAACGAUGCGGACCCUCAGGACAUCACCUGCGGUAACUGGGGUGUGUGGGCUUUCCGUGGCAAGAGAUAUGAAACCACAACCAAGGACGAGUAA